AUGACUGAUCCAGACAUUUGUAUUUUGUGUUUUCAGGAUUUGGAGUACCGUCUCGAUCCAAAAACCAAGGAGCUGCCUCAUUUACGAAACCCAGACAUCCUCGUUGGUGAAAAUGACCUCACAGCUCUCAGCUACCUUCAUGAGCCUGCUGUGCUCCAUAAUCUCAGAGUCCGUUUUAUUGACUCCAAACUUAUUUAUACAUACUGUGGAAUCGUCCUAGUAGCUAUAAAUCCCUAUGAACAGCUGCCCAUCUAUGGAGAAGACAUCAUCAAUGCAUACAGUGGUCAGAACAUGGGGGACAUGGAUCCUCACAUCUUCGCAGUAGCUGAAGAAGCUUAUAAGCAAAUGGCCAGAGAUGAGCGAAAUCAGUCCAUCAUUGUAAGCGGAGAAUCUGGGGCAGGAAAAACCGUCUCGGCUAAGUAUGCCAUGAGAUACUUUGCCACCGUGAGUGGCUCCGCCAGUGAGGCCAAUGUAGAGGAGAAAGUGUUGGCUUCCAACCCCAUCAUGGAGUCAAUUGGAAACGCUAAAACAACCAGAAAUGACAAUAGCAGCCGUUUCGGGAAGUAUAUUGAGAUUGGCUUUGAUAAGCGAUAUCGAAUCAUCGGUGCCAAUAUGAGAACUUAUCUUUUAGAGAAAUCCAGAGUGGUGUUCCAGGCAGAAGAAGAGAGAAACUACCAUAUCUUCUAUCAGCUCUGUGCUUCAGCAAAAUUACCUGAAUUUAAAAUGCUACGAUUAGGAGAUGCAAAUAACUUCCAUUACACAAAGCAAGGAGGUAGUCCUGUGAUUGAAGGAGUGGAUGAUGCAAAGGAGAUGGCCCACACCAGGCAGGCCUGCACUCUGCUGGGGAUUAGUGAAUCUUAUCAAAUGGGAAUUUUUCGAAUACUUGCUGGCAUCCUUCACUUAGGCAAUGUUGGGUUUACAUCUCGAGAUUCGGACAGCUGCACAAUUCCUCCCAAGCACGAACCCCUGAGCAUCUUCUGUGACCUCAUGGGCGUGGAUUAUGAGGAGAUGUCUCACUGGCUCUGCCACCGGAAGCUGGCCACAGCCACCGAGACGUACAUCAAGCCCAUCUCUAAGCUGCAGGCCACAAAUGCCCGCGACGCUUUGGCCAAGCACAUCUAUGCCAAGCUCUUCAACUGGAUUGUAGAUCAUGUCAAUCAGGCACUCCACUCUGCUGUAAAGCAACACUCUUUUAUUGGCGUGCUAGACAUUUAUGGGUUUGAAACAUUUGAGAUAAAUAGUUUUGAACAGUUUUGCAUAAAUUAUGCAAAUGAAAAACUACAGCAACAAUUCAACAUGCAUGUCUUCAAACUGGAACAAGAAGAAUAUAUGAAAGAACAAAUCCCGUGGACACUUAUAGAUUUUUAUGAUAAUCAGCCUUGUAUUAAUCUAAUAGAAUCUAAGCUGGGUAUUCUAGACUUGCUGGAUGAGGAAUGCAAGAUGCCCAAAGGUACAGAUGACACUUGGGCCCAGAAAUUGUAUAACACACACUUGAACAAAUGUGCCCUCUUUGAAAAGCCCCGUUUGUCAAACAAAGCUUUCAUCAUCCAACAUUUUGCUUAGGACAAGGACAAAUACCAGUUUGGUAAGACAAAGAUCUUUUUCCGGGCUGGUCAAGUGGCCUAUCUAGAAAAGCUCAGGGCAGACAAACUGAGGGCUGCCUGUAUCCGGAUCCAGAAAACCAUCCGAGGGUGGCUGCUAAGGAAGAAGUACCUGCGGAUGCAGAGGGCUGCCAUUACUGUGCAGAGAUAUGUGCGGGGUUAUCAGGCUCGAUGCUAUGCUAAGUUUCUGCGCAGAACCAAGGCAGCCACCAUCAUUCAGAAGAACUGGCGCAUGUACGUGGUCCGCAAGAAGUACAAGAUUAGACGUGCUGCCACUAUUGUCCUUCAGUCAUAUUUGCGAGGCUACUUGGCCAGGAACCGCUAUCACAAGAUUCUCCGUGAGCACAAAGCAGUCAUCAUUCAGAAGUGGGUCCGGGGCUGGCUGGCCCGCACACACUACAGGAGGACUUUGGAAGCUAUCAUCUACCUUCAGUGCUGCUUCCGGCGGAUGAUGGCCAAGCGUGAGUUAAAGAAACUCAAAAUUGAGGCUCGCUCCGUGGAGCGCUACAAGAAGCUCCACAUCGGCAUGGAGAACAAGAUCAUGCAGCUGCAGCGUAAGGUGGAUGAGCAGAAUAAAGACUACAAAUGCCUAAUGGAGAAACUGACCAGUCUGGAAGGCGCAUACAGCUCUGAGACUGAGAAACUACGAAGUGACUUAGAACGUCUUCAGCUAAGUGAGGAGGAGGCUAAGGUUGCCACUGGACGGGUCCUGAGUCUACAGGAAGAAAUUGCCAAGCUCCGGAAAGACCUGGAACAAACCCAGUCAGAGAAAAAAUCCAUUGAAGAACGAGCAGAUAGAUAUAAACAAGAAACUGAGCAGCUGGUGUCGAACCUGAAGGAAGAAAAUAGUUUGCUGAAGCAGGAGAAAGAGGUCCUCAAUCACCGCAUCGUGGAACAGGCGAAGGAGAUGACAGAAACUAUGGAGAAGAAGUUAGUAGAAGAAACAAAACAACUGGAACUUGAUCUAAAUGAUGAGAGGCUGAGGUAUCAGAACCUUCUGAAUGAGUUCAGUCGCCUGGAAGAACGAUACGAUGACCUCAAGGAAGAGAUGACCUUGAUGGUGAAUGUGCCUAAGCCUGGACACAAGAGAACAGACUCUACCCACAGCAGCAACGAGUCCGAGUAUACCUUUAGCUCUGAAAUGGCAGAAAUGGAAGACAUCCCAUCAAGAGCAGAGGAGCCGAGCGAGAAGAAAGUACCUCUGGACAUGUCCUUGUUCCUCAAGCUACAGAAGAGAGUCACAGAGCUGGAGCAGGAGAAGCAGGUGAUGCAGGACGAAUUAGACCGCAGAGAGGAGCAGGUGCUGCGCAGCAAGGCCAAGGAAGAAGAAAGACCACAACUUAGAGGUGCAGAACUGGAAUAUGAGUCCCUCAAGCGUCAAGAACUCGAGUCAGAAAACAAGAAACUGAAAAAUGAGCUCAAUGAGUUACGCAAAGCCCUCAGUGAGAAAAGCGCUCCGGAGGUGACGGCGCCUGGAGCUCCUGCCUACCGCGUCCUCAUGGAGCAGUUGACCUCGGUGAGUGAGGAGCUGGAUGUCCGCAAGGAGGAGGUCCUCAUCCUGCGGUCUCAGCUGGUCAGCCAGAAAGAGGCCAUCCAGCCCAAGGAUGACAAGAAUACAAUGACAGAUGCCACAAUACUUUUGGAAGAUGUACAAAAAAUGAAAGAUAAAGGCGAAAUAGCACAAGCAUACAUUGGUUUGAAAGAAACAAACAGAUCAUCUGCUAUGGAUUGCCAUGAGUUGAAUGAGGAUGGAGAGCUGUGGCUGGCUUAUGAAGGGUUAAAACAAGCCAACAGGCUCUUGGAAUCACAACUGCAAUCACAGAAGAGGAGCCAUGAGAACGAGGCCGAGGCCCUCCGAGGGGAGAUCCAGAGCCUAAAGGAGGAGAACAAUCGGCAGCAGCAGCUGCUGGCCCAGAACCUGCAGCUGCCCCCGGAGGCCCGCAUCGAGGCCAGCCUGCAGCAUGAGAUCACCCGGCUGACCAACGAGAACCUGUAUUUUGAGGAAUUAUAUGCAGAUGACCCUAAGAAGUAUCAAUCCUAUCGGAUUUCACUUUACAAACGGAUGAUUGAUUUGAUGGAACAGCUUGAAAAACAGGAUAAGACUGUCCGGAAACUAAAAAAACAACUGAAAGUAUUUGCCAAGAAAAUUGGUGAACUAGAAGUGGGCCAGAUGGAAAAUAUAUCACCUGGGCAGAUCAUCGAUGAGCCCAUUCGUCCAGUCAACAUUCCCAGGAAGGAAAAGGAUUUCCAAGGAAUGCUGGAGUACAAGAAGGAGGACGAGCAGAAGCUGGUUAAGAACCUGAUUCUCGAACUGAAGCCACGUGGUGUAGCAGUCAACUUGAUCCCAGGGCUGCCAGCGUAUAUCUUGUUCAUGUGUGUGCGACACGCCGACUACCUGAACGAUGAUCAGAAAGUGAGGUCAUUGCUCACAUCAACAAUCAACAGCAUCAAAAAAGUGUUGAAGAAAAGAGGUGAUGAUUUUGAAACUGUCUCCUUCUGGCUCUCUAACACAUGCCGGUUUCUGCACUGUUUGAAGCAGUACAGUGGAGAAGAGGGCUUCAUGAAGCAUAACACAUCUCGCCAGAAUGAGCACUGCCUCACCAAUUUUGACCUGGCUGAGUAUCGGCAAGUGCUGAGUGACUUGGCCAUUCAGAUUUACCAACAGCUGGUGCGGGUGUUAGAAAACAUCCUUCAGCCAAUGAUCGUGUCCGGCAUGCUGGAGCAUGAGACGAUUCAGGGUGUGUCCGGGGUGAAGCCCACAGGACUCAGGAAGCGAACCUCCAGCAUUGCUGAUGAAGGCACAUACACACUGGACUCCAUACUCCGACAGCUCAACUCCUUCCACUCAGUCAUGUGUCAGCACGGUAUGGACCCAGAACUUAUCAAGCAGGUGGCCAAGCAAAUGUUCUACAUCGUGGGGGCCGUCACCCUGAACAACCUCCUCCUGCGCAAAGACAUGUGCUCCUGGAGUAAAGGCAUGCAGAUCAGGUACAACGUCAGUCAACUGGAGGAAUGGUUACGUGACAAGAAUCUGAUGAACAGCGGGGCCAAAGAGACCCUAGAGCCUCUCAUUCAGGCUGCUCAGCUUCUGCAAGUGAAGAAGAAAACAGAUGAUGAUGCAGAAGCCAUCUGCUCCAUGUGUAAUGCUCUAACCACUGCCCAGAUUGUCAAAGUGUUGAAUUUGUACACUCCAGUUAAUGAGUUUGAAGAAAGAGUGUCUGUAUCAUUCAUUCGUACUAUACAGGUGCGUUUGCGAGACAGGAAGGACUCUCCUCAACUGCUCAUGGAUGCUAAGCACAUCUUUCCUGUCACCUUUCCUUUUAACCCAUCUUCCCUUGCCCUAGAAACUAUCCAGAUUCCCGCCAGCCUGGGCUUGGGCUUCAUCGCACGGGUCUGAAAGCAAUGUCCAGGCAGACAGUGACAAGACAUUUCUUAAUGUCUGGACUUGAACCAUUUCUUUUUUUUGUUUCCCCAGUGAGCUACUGAAAAAAAAAAUACAUUUUUAAAGAGAAGUACUGAUUAUCUCUCAAAUGAGGAGUUAUUUAACUGGAAGUCUCCCUAGAAUGCUUCUGUCACUUGAAAGAAAAGAGGCUUUUUUUGUAUGUGUGCUGUGUUCUCAUUAAGCAUCCCUCAUCCUCGUUCAGUUUACCGAGUUUACUGCAUCUGAAUGAGGGAAGGAAGACAAGGAGGGGGGAAAAAUAAUGGGUCACCAGUUGCCAGCAUGAAUUUUCCACUGCAUUUAAGUGGUAUGACCUAUGUAAAUUCCACACACAUAUAUAUAUAUAUAUAUGAACUGUUACUAGGAAGGUACCAACCCCAACCUCCUCUGAGCUGAACAGAAGAACUAAAAGGAAGUUGCCAUUGAGUACAUAUCAUUAGCAGUUUAGCAAUCAUGUUCGAUCUGGUUGAACUGGAUCCAAAAAAAUCAACUGGCAAUCUGUGGACUCAGUCAAGUAACUUGUGAUAGACCGGUAGUGGAAGAAUGAUGGUUUGCUAUAGCAUAGAUGUCCGUCCACUUGUACUGUAGCUUACAGAGCAUCUUAACUGGCUGCUACUUAUUAACAUGUAAAUGGUCUUUCUAUGGAGCACUAUAACAAUAAGCUUCUUUUAUCGACUCUGUUUACAAUUCAGUGAGAUUGGUUUUGACUGGAUUAUAUGCAAAUAUCUAUACACUCAGCUGCACAAGUAGCCGUCACUGGACACGUGUGACAAAAUGCUUGACACUUAGGGGUAGGAUUAGACAAAGUGGCCGUUGUUGACGUCAUUAUUUAUUCAACGUGUUACACCGUUCAUUGUCCCUGCGUGGAUGUGGCAUCAGGAUACCGGUGUUCUGUAAAGUGACUUACCUUUUUGUUUCCAGACUUUGAUUCCCGCAGUGCAUAUAUCCAGCCUUGCCGGGUUUUCUUUCUGCCUCUUCAUUUACUAAGAAAUGAAUCUCAGUCGCUGUCUAGAAAGGAUUGUCAGAUUAUUCAUGAUUCAGGUCUCGAAACUUUGAUUAUCCUAUUAAUUAUGCAAAAGAAGGUAUAUAAGAAAUAUUUAGUUAAAAUUCAGGUUUUUGAGGCUUUACAACUUCUAGAAAUGUUCUCAGAUGCCACUAGAUAUUUUAAUUUAAAAAAAAAACAUCAUGUUAGAAAUACCUUAGGAAGAGUUAUAUAAGAAAUAGAAUAUUGUGGAAUUUUACAGAGGAUUUGGAUCAGUAAGACCCAGAUUCUGUAAGUCUCAUUCUGAAAUUCUAAUUAAAUCUAUUCAUUUUUUUUCUAGAAAACUUGUACAAGAAAUCUUUCAGGUUGUGCAAAACCUUAGCUUUCAGUAGAUACUGAUUUUAAUUAUAAUAAUAGACAUAUAAUUUAACUCAUAGAUGGUUUAUCAAAAUAUGACAUAUCUUCUUAAAAUAUGUGCAAUAUUAUUUAUAGAAGUCAAACAGGUUCAAAUCAGUGAUAAAUGUUGUUAUUAAAAGAGGAAUACUGUCUGUUAACUUAUUUGAGCCUCAGUUUCCUUGUUUACAAAAUGAGAGUUGAACAACUGAUUCUUUUUUUUUUUUUCUUU